GUGGAUUUUGCCCUGAAGGUGGUCCAGUGGUCAGAAUCGGAGACAGUACGACUUCAGCUCUGGGACAUUGCAGGGCAGGAACGCUUCACAUCCAUGACCCGGCUGUACUACAGGGAGGCGUCAGCCUGCAUUAUCAUGUUUGAUGUCACCAACAUCAGCACAUUCAGCAACAGCCAGAAGUGGAAGCAGGAUUUGGACAGCAAGCUCAUGCUGCCGGACGGGAACCCCGUGCCUUGCCUACUGCUGGCUAACAAAUGCGACCUUUCCCCAUGGGCAGUGACAAGAGACGAAGUGGAUCGGUUCAGCAAAGAAAAUGGCUUUUCUGGUUGGGUGGAGACGUCUGUCAAGGAAAACAAGAAUAUUAAUGAGUCCAUGAGAGUCCUGAUUGAAAAGAUGAUGUCCUCAUCCACUGGUGAUGGAAGUUCCUCUGCUGCCGGGAGCGGGGAUUAUAUUAACAUAAAAGAGACGACCCCGCCAGGCUGGGCUUGCUGUUAGAUGCACUGACUACACCAUCUGCCUUGGGUCUAGCAGCAAUGUCCUUUCAUUAUCAUCAUCAUCAUUUUUUCCUAAACUGUCUGUCACUGUUUUGGGGGGGUUUUUUUUUUACAUGCUCGUGAACUGUCUUCUGUUUAGUGUGUAUUUGUUCUCACUGGAGCAUUGCUACAAUGACUUGGAGUGAGGCGUGGAAAGAAGAGAGGACUGAGAAGAUUCCUCUUUCUUCUAGCGUAGCAGCAACUGGGAGCUCUGCUGCCAGUAAUGUAGCACGGUCCGUGUUCAAGCACGUGGCUUGGAUUAAUUUCCUUUUAAAUUUUGAGCACUUCAUCUUCUGACAUGUGAUGGCCUGUCUCAGGCAGGGCGAAGGAUGUCGAAGGUAUAUUUUUAAUAUUGUUGCACCUUUUGUUCCCCACCGCCUGCACCCACCAUACACAGAAGCACCAGUCCAAAGCGUUACAGUGACCUUCAGUUGGCGCACGCAGAGUUCAAGCGGUCUCUCUGUGCCUGUGGAUUCCCAGUGUGGGAUUACAGCGAACUCUUUACUUCGUGCUCUGGAAUGACAUACCUCUGCUUACGCGUCCUGGGGAGACCAACGCAUCUCGUCAUUGCCACUAACUGUCCUUAAGAUGUGAAGCCAGAUGUGGAUCAGCACGGCGUCCCACGUAACCAGACCUGUAAAAUUAUCAGUGUGAAUUUGAGAAAUGGGGUAGCACAGCCCUUACUGUCGUGUAUACCGACUGUGGUGCUUAACAGCAGAGACCUCAGUUUUUUGUCAAGAAUUGCCCAGUUGCCUUCUGUCCGUUCCUUCUCGCUCACCCUCUAGCACAAUCCUAUGUAUUCUGUUCUGCUGCCGCUUUAUUAGGGCGCCGAGAGCUGAAUGAGGAAUAGGUUGUAAACUCCUUUGUAUGACAGAACAACAGUCCUUUUCACUUUUAGAACACCCCGUAUCCCACCAUCUCAAAUAGCUUUGCAAUUGCUGAUGAAUUGCCCUCCCACAAUUAUUCUGUAGCAAUGAGUGAAUUCGGUAGCAGGGACGGUGCUGGAGAGGCAGCUCUCUGAAAGCCCACCUGCUGCUUUUAGUGGCGCGAGGGGGAAGCGAAGGAGAAGACUUUGCAGGACAAAAGGAAAUGAGGAGAACCGCUCCCCGCUUGCCUUUUGAUGCCUGCUUUCCCUAGCAUAUCCCCAGGUACUCAUUGUUGAGAACAGUUGCCAACAACAACAAAAAAUGGGUAAAAGCAUACUAGAUGGUUAUCUCGGGAAGAGUCAAUAGGAAACUCGGUCUGUAGGGCUGGAGUUACGUGGCGUUGUAUGCAUUUUAUAUAAGCACGCGACGUUAUAGAAUUGUCCUGCCCAUGUUUUAGGUUAGGAUUUGAACAAGUGGUCUUCAAUAACGUUUUU